UGAUCAAGAAAAACUGCUGGAAGAUUUCUAGCCUGAUUCAUCCUCUUUCUCCUCCAUCCAUCUAAUUCUCCUUUUUUAAUUUCACCUGAAAUUCUUCAUCAUCUAACUGUCACUUCUUCCCUCUUGUUAAUUUUCUUAACAACUAAGUAUUUGAUUAGCUUCCAAAGAUUCUUGGUUUCCUUCAGAGGAGUUUCAAUAUUGUACAAAUAAGAUUAAUAUAGCAAAUAUUUCUGGAAUAAGGUGAAAUUAGUGUUUGCGACCUGAAUUGGGGUUUACGUAGCUGUUUGCUUGACUAAAUCCAUCGGAGGAUCAGAUGGCGAUGUUCCGUCGCUUAUUCUACAAAAAGCCACCCGAUCACCUUCUCGAGAUCUCUGAGCGUGUUUAUGUUUUUGACUGCUGUUUCUCUAGCCAUGUCAUGGGACAGGAUGAGUACAAACUCUACUUGGGUGGCAUCGUGGCUCAGCUACACAAACAUUUCCCAAACGCAUCUUUCAUGGUCUUCAACUUCAGAGAAGGAGAACAGCCUAGUCAACUAUCAGAUAUCUUGUCUCAGCACGACAUGACGGUUAUGGAGUAUCCACGGCAGUACGAGAGUUGCCCUCUUCUACCUCUCGAGAUGAUCCAUCACUUUUUGAGAUCGAGCGAGAGCUGGUUGUCGCUGGAAGGCCAACAGAAUUUUCUGUUGAUGCAUUGCGAACCAGGUGGUUGGCCUAUUCUUGCGUUUAUGUUAGCAGGUCUUCUGUUAUACAGAAAGCAGUAUCAGGGGGAGCUGAAGACUCUCGAGAUGGUGCACAGACAGGCUCCCAAGGAGCUGCUUCGGAUACUAUCUCCUCUAAACCCGCAGCCUUCUCAACUCAGAUAUCUUCAGUACGUUUCUAGAAGAGACUCAGGGGUUGAUUGGCCUCCUUCGGACACGCCUCUUCUUUUGGAUUGCUUGAUUCUCAGAGAUCUCCCACAUUUUGAUGGCGGCAAAGGUUGCAGACCAGUUUUACGGGUUUAUGGUCAGGACACUAUAGCCAACAGGAGUUCCGUAGUUCUCUUUUCAACACCAAAGACAAAUACACACACUCGCCUCUACCAACAGGAAGAGUGUAUCCUGGUGAAAUUAGAUAUUGAGUGCCUUGUUCAAGGGGAUGUUGUUCUGGAAUGUUUACACUUGCAUGAUGAUUUGGUUGGUGAGGAGAUGCUCUUUCGAAUCAUGUUCCACACAGCAUUUGUACGUGGUAAUGUUUUAACGGUCCAACUCGAUGAGAUGGAUAUACGUUGGGAUGCGAAGGACCAGUUCCCAAAGGAAUUUAAGGCAGAGGUACUCUUCUCUGACGCUGACGCCAUGGUCCCUGUUACAGCAAGAGCUCGAAUAUCAGAUGAUGAGAAGGAAGAUAUCACUUCACCUGAAAAAUUUUAUGAGGUGGAGGAGGUUUUUAGCGAGGUGAUUGAUGUCCCUGACCAUAGGAUUGAUUCAGAUAGUUUUGUGGUUGUUGAUAAUGCUUCAGAUGAUUCCAAGGGUAAAGAGGUGUGGAUGGGGGAUGUUGAACCUAGUGCGGUUCUUGAUUGUGCAUCUGAUGGUUCAAAUCAUAAACAUGAUCUGCAUGGGGAAGCUCCAGUGAAAGAUAUCACUGUUGAUGAUAUACAGUACUAUAGGUCAGAUGGGAGAGCAGAUCUCAAUAUUGACUCAGUGAAGGAUAUAGUAAUAGACGACGGUGAUGAGCAGCGAAAGAGAAGGACCAUGGAAGAAGCAAAGGAAAAUGAUUCUAGAACAGCCGAGACUCAACGCAAAAGUGAUGGAGAAGGCAAUGAUUCUCCAAAUGACUUAGAGCCUACAACUCAGGAAACAAAUACCAAUAUCGACAACACCGUAUCAGAAAAAACACAUGUCGGAGCAAAUGAAGAACUGGCUGAAGAUUCACUCAAACCAAAGUCUAAGCAACAAGAAAAGAAGGGUCCUAACAGUGAGACCAUGUCACCUCCACCACCUCCUCCUUUUGAAUCUGAGGAACUAAACAGUGGAAUCAUGUUGCCAACAUCAUCACCUCCUCCUCCUUUUGAAUUUGAGAAACCAAAUAUCGGAACCGUGUUGCCUCCACUGCCUUCAUCUCCAUCUUGGAAGUCUGUGUAUGCUUCAGUUUUGGCAACUCCUAAUACAUGUUCUACUUCUCAACCUCCUCCACCACCACCUCCACCACCGUGGAAGUCUGUGGAUACUUUGACUUUUGAAACUCAUGAGACAUGCUCUACAUCUUACAGUUCUCCAACACCACCACCUCCUCCUCCUCCACCACCACCUCCUCCUCCUUUUAGUAAAGCACAUUCAGUCCCUCCACCUCCACCACCACCUCCUCCUCUUAGGAAAGCACAUUCAAUCCCUCCACCUCCACCACCUACUCCGAUUUAUGGAUCUCCACCUCUUCCAAGUUUCGGACCUCCAACUCCUCCACCUCCUCCUCCUUUUGGUCAUAUAAGAUCGGUUCUUCCACGUCCACUAAGUAACGGAGCCCCUCGUCCACCACCACCACCUCCUUUUACUAAAACUUCACCUCCACCACCACCACCUCCAUUUGGAUCUAGUGAACCUCCACCACCACCACCACCACCAUUUAGGUCUGGUGGACCUCCGCCUCCACCACCACCUCCAUUUAGGUCUGGUGGACCUCCGCCUCCACCUCCUAUACGUGGAGGACCACCACCUCCACCACCUCCUCUACCUGGAGGAGCACCACCACCACCACCUCCCCCGAUGCGUGGAGGAGCCCCUCCUCCGCCUCCUGGGCCAAGACCUCUAGGUGGUGGACCUCCUCCCCCUCCUGGACCAAGACCUCUGGGUGGUGGACCUCAUGAUCUUAAGGGUGCUGGAAGAGGGCGUAGUCUUCUACGUCCAGGUUUGGGGUCGUCAACUCAAAAAAAGUCUUCUCUAAAGCCCUUAUAUUGGGUUAAAUUAGCAAGGGCCUUGCAGGGAAGCUUGUGGUACGAGUUCGAGAGACGUGGAGUAGGAAAAAUUGCACAAGAAUUUGAUGUAUCAGAAAUAGAGACGCUUUUCUCUGCUACAGUGCCAAAACCAGCUGAUAAAUCUGGAGGUCGAAGAAAACCAAUAGAGCCAAAACCUGAAAAAGUUCAAUUGAUUGACCUUAGGAGAGCCAAUAACACGGAAAUUAUGCUUACGAAAGUAAAGAUGCCACUGCCUGAUAUGAUGGCUGCAGUUCUGGCAAUGGAUGAUACUGUAUUAGAUAUUGAUCAGAUAGAGAAUCUUGUAAAGUUUUGUCCAACCAAGGAAGAGAUGGAACUUCUUAAGAACUACACGGGUGACAAGACAAUCUUGGGAAAGUGUGAGCAGUACUUCCUAGAGCUAAUGAAGGUGCCACGAGUAGAAUCAAAGCUGAGAGUAUUUUCCUUCAAGAUUCAAUUCAGCACUCAGAUUUCAGAAUUCAAGAAAAGUUUAAAUGCGGUAAUUUCUGCCUGUGAUGAGAUCCGUACUUCACAAAAGCUAAAAGAAAUUAUACAAAGGAUUCUUUACCUGGGGAACAUAUUGAACCAGGGAACCGCAAGGGGCGCUGCGGUAGCAUUCAAGUUGGACAGUUUAUUAAAAUUAAACGAUACACGUUCUGUUAACAGCAAUACGACUCUCAUGCAUUAUCUCUGCAAGGUCAUUGCUACUAAGGCGUCAGAUCUACUUGACUUCCAUAAGGAUCUCGAAAGUCUUGAAACAGCUUCAAAGAUACAACUGAAGUCGCUAGCUGAGGAAAUGCAAGCUAUAAUCAAAGGGUUGGAAAUACUGAAGCAGGAGCUCAUUGCAUCCGAAAGUGAUGUUCCUGUUUCUGAAGUUUUCCGUAGAACAUUGAAGGACUUCAUUUCUUUUGCUGAGGCUGAAGUGGAAGAUGUAAAGAGUCUUUACUCUGACGUGGGAAAGAAUGCUGAUUUACUUUCGUGCUAUUUUGGGGAGAAUCCCAAAAACUGUACAUUUGAACAAGUUACUGCAACACUCUUGAAUUUUAUAAGGUUGUUCAAGAAAGCACACGAAGAGAAUAUCAAGCAAGUGGAAUUGGAGAAGAAGAAAGCUGCUAAGGAAGCGGAAAUGGAAAAGGCGAAAGGAGUUAGUCUCUCGAACAAAAAAAAAGGCAGUUGAUGAUAGCUGACACAAAAAACAUAGAUCUUAUUUUGCAAACUGCGCCUUAAUUUCUCAAAGCGAACCAAUUUGGUUUUGUAUGCCAGUGGAGGCGAUGCAAUGCGGUUCAAGUAACCUCUCUGCGAAGUGGCAGAGAGCGGUUUGUGUGGUAUCAGAUUCUAGUGGGGCGAGAUUCUCCUGGGCGGGCUAUCGAGGAACCAUUGGAAGAUAAAGAGGCAGGUAUUUCCUCCACUCACGUUACAUGACUAAACUCCAGAUUGAUUAGUUCUAUCUCACUUGUGCAUUAGGAUUCUUUUUUUGAAUCCAAGUGUUGUAUAGGUAGAGGGAAAGAGAACAAAUGUAGAGUCUACUUAGUGUGUAACUGUGUACUUUACCACAAUAUCAAUGUUCUUUUCGGUAUGUAAACGAAUGAAAACAAAAUGUCCGAAUUUUUCAUGGUUUUCCACAGAUGGUAGUUCAGUUUCUGCAA